UCAACCCGUCGCUGAAUCCCCGCCUUCGGAAGUUCCCUCUCGAAAAGCUCUGUGACAAGCGCGCGUAGUGAUAGCGUUGUACGCAAAAAUGGCGCCGAAGAAGAAACAGCAAAAGCAGAAGGCGUCAUCGUCAUCGUCAUCAAAGGGGAAACCCACGGCGUCUACCGGUCCCAAACUCCAACUCUCGGCGGAGAAUGAGAGCCGCCUCCGCCGUCUUCUUCUAAACUCCGGACGAUCGACGCCUUCUCCGGUCGUUGAAGACUCCCUCUCUAAGGAGCAGAAGGCCAAGAGGCUUCGCUCGGUUUAUGAGAAGUUGUCUUGCGAGGGAUUUAAAGAUGAUCAGAUUGAACUUGCUCUCACCGCUCUCAAGGAGAAUGCAACAUAUGAGACUGCUUUGGAUUGGCUGUGCUUAAAUAUUCCAGGAAAUGAGCUCCCACUGAAGUUUUCUAGUGGUAGUUCUUUGCAAACAAGUGGAGGUUCUGUUGCCGUCAUAUCAACUGCUCGUGAAGAUUGGGUUUCGUCGAGGGAUAUAUCAGCAAGUGUAGUUCAUGAGAAGGCAGAAGUUGGUCUUAAAAUUAAAGAGCGGAAGGAUGAUCAAACACUAGAUUCCGUUCAGCGUUCUCAAGCAGACUGGAUCCGUCGAUACAUGGAACAACAUGAAGAGGAUGAUUCUGAUUCUUGGGAAACUCAUUCGAUGGAGGAUGGUUCUUCCAAGAAGGUACUGGAACCAAGGCGCUAUGAGUCUAUUGUUGAGGAUUACCAUGCUGCUAGGCUGCAAGCUGCAAAUGCAAAAGAUAGGGGUGACAAAAAAAGCCAGGAAGAAGCAGGUCUAAUUAUUCGGAAACUCAAGCAGGAGAUAUCAGCCUUAGGUCUAUCGGUUGAUAUCCUGGAAUCUGGAUAUGUAAGUUCUUCUAGUCAUGCAUCUAAGGAUGCACCAUCGGAUCCUGUACCUUCUUACAACUCUGAUGGUCAUCCUGUUAACCUAUCUGAUAUGGAAGGUGAAACAGCCCCUACUGGGUUUAGUGUUGAAGUUGAUCAAAAGCUAGUUGACAGCUCUGACUCACAUGAAUAUUCAACUGACAAUGGAUUCACAAGUUUCCCUUCGCAAAAUGGAGAUGCUUUGGAGAAGGAAUCAGGUGAUGUAGAACUUGGUGAAUUCUUUUUGGAGGAUAGUGUGCCCGAUCAAGUCUUACCUCCUGAGAUAUUGGAUCUACAAAAGAAAGAAAAAAUGAAAGAGCUUUCUAGUGGGAAGAACUUAGAGAAAAUGGAAGGAAUCUGGAAGAAGGGAGAUCCAAAGAAGAUCCCAAAGGCUUUUCUUCACCAACUUUGCCAAAGAUCAGGAUGGGAAGCGCCAAAAUAUGAUAAAGUUUCUGGUAAGGGGCAUAAUUCUGGUUACUCUAUCAGCAUACUGCGGAAAGCUAGUGGGAGGGGUAAAAGUAGAAAAGCUGGAGGUUUGACAACUAUUCAGCUCCCGAGUCAGGAUGAAAGUUUUAAUACACCUGAGGAUGCACAAAACAGAGUUGCAGCUUAUGCACUGAGAAUUGUUCACAACUGUAAAAGAUAAACCUGAAGAUAGAAGGGCUGGUUUUGUGGACUCAUUAUUGAAUGCUGACAAGGUUGAAUGUAUUGUUGAAGCUGAUGUCAGUGAUGGCGCUCAUCAAGAGGAGACUCAAAUGCCAUGUAUUGUUGAAGAUACUGCUGCUGGGACUGAUUGCAAUGCUGAAAGCAUGCGUAGAAAUAUGCAUGCUGAAAGCGUUUAUCUGAAGAAGGAACAAGAGCGUAAGAAAGAAAUGAAGAAGUACAAGGAGAUGUUGCAGUCAAGAUCUAGCCUCCCUAUUGCUGAAUUGAAGGAUGACAUUCUGAAUUUACUUGAAGAAAACAAUGUUGUGGUUAUUUCUGGAGAGACAGGCUGUGGAAAGACAACUCAGGUGCCACAGUAUAUAUUGGAUAACAUGAUUGAAGCAGGUCAUGGUGGUUACUGUAAUAUAAUUUGCACUCAGCCCAGGAGAAUUGCGGCCAUUUCUGUUGCUGAAAGAGUUGCUGAUGAGCGUUGUGAAUCAUCUCCAGGAUCAAAUGAUUCUUUGGUUGGUUAUCAAGUCCGUCUAGAUAGUGCAAGGAAUGAAAGAACGAAGCUUCUCUUUUGUACUACUGGCAUUCUUCUGAGGAUGAUAUCGGGAAAUAGAGACCUGGCUGAUAUUAGUCAUGUCAUAGUUGAUGAAGUGCAUGAGAGGUCUCUUCUGGGGGAUUUUUUGCUCAUUGUUUUGAAGAAUCUGAUAGAGAAGCAAAGUACUCACAGCAAAUCGAAAUUAAAAGUUAUUCUUAUGUCUGCAACUGUUGAUUCACACAUGUUUUCUCAGUACUUUGGUAAUUGCCCUGUGAUUACUGCUCAAGGACGAACACAUCCUGUGUCAACCCAGUUUCUUGAGGAUAUACAUGAAAAUUUGAGCUACCGUCUUGCUUCAGAUUCUCCUGCCUCUAUAAACUAUGGAAUAGCUGGGAUAGAAAAGAAUGCUCCAGUUGGCAACAGUAGAGGAAAGAAAAAUCUUGUCUUAUCUGGCUGGGGUGAUGAGUCCUUGCUUUCUGAAGAAAUUACUAACCCUUAUUACAAUAAAAGUGAUUAUCUAAGUUACAGUGAGCAAACUCGCCAAAAUUUGAGAAGAUUGAAUGAAGAUAUUAUCGAUUAUGAUCUUCUUGAGGACCUGGUAUGCCAUGUUGAUCAAACUUAUCCUGAGGGAGCGAUACUAGUCUUUUUACCGGGUGUUGCAGAAAUACAUUUGCUACUAGAUAAACUUGCUGCUUCUCGCCGAUUCGGAGGGCAUUCAUCUGAAUGGCUCCUCCCAUUACAUUCAUCUAUAGCACCUGAGGAACAAAAGAAGGUGUUUCGGAAACCUCCUGCUAACAUACGCAAGGUUAUAGUCGCCACAAAUAUUGCAGAAACAAGUAUAACUAUCGACGAUGUUGUAUAUGUGAUAGACUGUGGAAAGCACAAGGAGAAUCGGUAUAAUCCACAGAAGAAACUGUCAAGCAUGGUUGAGGAUUGGAUAUCACAAGCAAAUGCUAGGCAACGGCGAGGUAGAGCUGGACGUGUGAAGCCAGGAAUUUGCUUUUGUUUAUAUACACGUCACAGAUAUGAAAAGCUAAUGCGGCCAUAUCAGAUUCCUGAGAUGAUGAGAAUGCCACUGGUAGAGUUGUGCCUGCAAGUAAAAUUACUUUCUCUAGGUGGAAUAAAGCAAUUUUUGUCUAAGGCUCUGGAACCUCCAAGGGAAGGGGCUAUUGCAUCAGCAGUUUCUUCGCUAUAUGAGGUUGGUGCCAUUGAGGGGAAUGAAGAGCUGACACCUCUUGGUUAUCAUCUGGCUAAACUCCCAGUUGAUGUACUGAUUGGAAAGAUGAUGGUAUAUGGUGCAAUAUUUGGAUGUUUGUCACCCAUUCUUACUAUUUCAGCAUUCUUGAGCUACAAGUCUCCAUUUGUGUAUCCAAAAGAUGAGAGGGAAAAUGUUGAAAGAGCAAAGUUAGCUUUGUUGGAUGAUAAGACUAGUGAUUCAACUGUUGCAGCUGAUGGUAGCCGGCAAUCUGAUCAUCUAGUAAUGAUGGUUGCAUAUCAAAAAUGGGAUAAAAUUUUAAGUGUGCAUGGACUUAAGGCAGCCCAAAAAUUUUGCAGCUCCCACUUCUUAAGUAGCUCUGUUAUGUACAUGAUAAGGGACAUGAGGAUACAGUUUGGUACAUUGCUUGCUGAUAUCGGGCUGAUAAAUAUUCCAAAGAAUUAUCAGGUUGGCUGGAAAAAGAAAGAAAAGCUUGAUAAUUUCCUUUCAGAUUUUUCGCAGCCAUUCAAUCAGUACUCAACUCAUUCUGUGGUAGUGAAGGCAAUACUAUGUGCUGGUCUGUAUCCUAAUGUUGCUACCAUUGAAGGAGUCAACAAUGGAGGCCGUCCUGUGUGGUGUGAUGGAAAAAGAGAAGUCCACAUACACCCUUCUUCUGUCAACAGUAGCCAGAAAACUUUUCAGUAUCCAUAUCUGGUCUUUCUUGAAAAGGUUGAGACAAACAAAGUGUUCCUGCGAGACACAACUAUUGUCUCCCCCUAUUCUAUAUUGUUGUUUGGUGGAUCAAUAAAUGUUCAGCAUCAGAGUGGAUUAAUCAUUGUAGAUAAUUGGCUUAAAAUGGCAGCACCAGCACAAACUGCUGUACUCUUCAAAGAACUUCGGUUUACUCUUCAUUCUAUUCUGAAGGAGCUCAUUAGCAAGCCACAGAAUGCUGCAGUAGUCGACAAUGAAGUUAUCAGAUCUAUAAUUCACUUGUUUCUGGAAGAAGAUAAACCGACCAAGUGACUUGUGCUAUACUCAUCCGGAGCAUAUGCUAGAAGCCUGUGUUUCAAGAUGGUUGCAUCUAACAAGACAAUUGGUGUGUGCUGCUCCAUUGAAUUACAGCCUGGUAUCUUGCUAUUAUAUUCCCACAAAAUGUUCUGGAUGGACAUGGAAGCUCUUGCAUCAUCAGUUGAUUAAUUUUCUGCUCAGUUAAUAUUCAGGAACAUUUAGUAGGAGAAAAAAAAGAAGGUUAUGUGGAGGCAGAGGGGAGAGUUUGAACAAUCUAAAAGGCGAUCUAUACGGGAGGCAUGAAGUGAUGUUAAAGUUUCUACUCAUAAUUGGUGGAAUGGAACACAAAAAUGUAAUUGACAAAUAUAAGUACGUAGUAUAAUUGAGAAAUCAGAGUAUGAAUGAUUGUGAAUAAAAAUAUGAGGGUGAUUGAUGAUGAUAAUGCAUGCUUGUUCUCAUUCAUAAAUUUCUGUCUUCUGAACACCAUCGUGUAUCAUUUUUCCAAGUUUGGGAUAAUGAAUAUUUUACCCAAAAAUGUCUCUCCUCUCUCUCUCUCUCUCUCUCUCUCACACACACACA